AUGAAUUAUACAAACAAUCGAAUCUAUAUGAUAUCAGAAUGUCGUAUUAAAGCAAUAAUACGGUUGAGAAAUUUUUCCAAACUUCAAGGCGCUCAAUACUUUAAAGCACUUUGUGAUAUAGUCAUUAACGAUACACUAUUAGAAACACGCGAGAAGAUUUAUUUAAUAGGUGACUUAUCAUUAAUACGUGACACACAAAAUAUUAUUAAUCACAAUGAAGAAGAAAGACGGAAUUGCGAAUAUUGCAAUAAACAAGCUAUUGCCGCUCUUUAUUGUGAGUUUUGUAUUCGUAAUUAUUUAAAAAAGCAAUUUAACGAAUGGAAGACAGAAGAUAAAGAAAUUGAUGAGCUAAUCCGAGAAUGUCAAUUAAAUACUGUAUCACCAUCGCAUGUAAUCGAAUAUAUUCCUUAUGAAAAAUUUAAAAAUGUUAAAUUUGUAACUUCCACUGAAAAUUCCAAUAUAUAUACCGCAACGUGGGAAAAUGGGCCAUUUAUAGACUGGGAUAGUGAACGACAGGAAUUAACGAGAAGUGGUCAAGGUAUCUACAUUCUUAAAGUUUUAGAAAAUUCAGGAAAAUACCGUAGUGAGGUAAUGUGGGAUUCUUAG